AUGCAGGCCGCACAAGACCCAUUGCUGAUGCAUGCAAUGCCGGCCAGUAAUACCCAAACCUCUCCUCGCCAUAGACAAGAAAAAGUCCAUCUCAUGAAGAGAAUGGAUCGAAAGAGCGGAAAGUGGACGACCAACCAUCCACGAUAUAGACUUCUGGAGGCACUUUGGGCAUAUACCAGGUAUGGAGAGUGCCAAAUGGCUGAACUUGACCGGUGGCGAAGCCUAUACAAGAACACAAGCAAAACGCAGAGGAAGGUGUUGGAAAAGGUGGUCGGGUAUAACCAGAAGCUGAAUGAGAUUGAAAAACUCAUUUCCAAUAAUGCAGCGAUAUGCAAAAGCAUGGUCAGUCAUGCCAUGCGAUUCUAUGGCAUCGACCAGAAAGAGCUUGAUGAGCAUAUGGCCCAAGCUGAACAAGACGGCCGACAUGCAGAUAGGCUUGCUGCAGCGCAGACGCUGAAACACUAUGUACGGGACUGGGCAGAUGAGGGUCUCAAGGAAAGAAACGAGGCGUUUCCGUGCAUUUUGAAUACACUGGAAAAAAUCAAGUCCGAGUCGCCAGAAGGGACAAAGCUCAAGGUCCUACUUCCUGGCUCCGGAAUGGGUCGACUGGGCCACGACGUGGCUAACCUAGGAGGCUUCGAAGCGACAGUCAAUGAGUGGUCCAUGUUCAUGAAUGUCGGCUACAGAUACAUGGAAUCUCAGUCUAGUGCAAACACACUGAGAUUCCACCCAUUCAUUGAGGCAAUGUCGCAUCACGCAAGAAAGGAGGAUAUGCUCAGAAGUGUUACUGCACCCAAUGUGGUGCCAAACCAGGACGUGAUGUUGGUCGAAGGCGACUUUAACGUUGCCUUCAACCAUCAAAAAGGCCACUUUGACAUCAUUGUUACGCAUUUUUUCAUUGAUACGGCUCGAAAUCUCAUGGCAUAUUUCGAUACGAUAUCGCGUCUAUUGAAGCCUGGGGGCAAGUGGAUCAACUUUGGUCCAUUGUUAUACGGUACUGGUCCAUUUGUGCAACUUAGCCUGGAUGAAAUCAUUGGCGUUGUAGAAGACAUGGGAUUCGGGUUUGAGGAUAUCAACCCCGAAUGUGGUGAGUUGACGUUUGAAGAUAUGAAGGUUCGAAGUAAAGAGGCUGAAUACGGAUUUAACAUAAGAGCCUUGACACGAUACGCUUAUUUGGCGCAAGUCUGGAUGGCUAGGAAGCCAUGA